AAUCUGUCUUCCGUCGCAAUCCGUGCUCUUCUCCAUCUUUCGCGAUGCUCCGUAACGCUCUUGCAGGUUCAGUCCGUCCAGUUAUCGCAAACUCACAACGUUCUGCGACAACCCUCUCUGCAGGAUUCCCGAAAGUCACCCAAAGAGUCAGUUCCGCUCGCUCAGUUUAUUGUCAGCUCAUGGCUUUAUUCGAUCUUAGCAACCCUCUAAAUACGGCGGUGUCUAUACUGUUACCCUGAUACCUGGAGAUGGUAUCGGUCAGGAAAUUACGGAUUCGGUGAAGGAAAUCUUCGAGCAUGUCAACGCUCCCAUUGAAUGGGAACAAUAUGAUGUCUCCGGGAUGUCUUCUUCAGGAGAGGCCCUUUUCAGACAAGCCAUGGAUAGCUUGAAGCGGAACAGAGUUGGUUUGAAAGGAAUUUUGUUCACGCCAAUUUCUCAGUCCGGCCACAUUUCAUGGAAUGUGGCCAUGCGCCAGCAGCUCGACAUCUAUGCUUCUGUCGUUCUUUGCAAGUCGUUACCUGGAUUCCCGACACGCCACUCGAAUGUGGACUUUGCGAUCAUCCGUGAAAACACUGAGGGUGAAUACUCUGGCUUGGAGCACCAGAGCUAUCCUGGCGUUGUAGAGAGUUUGAAGGUUUCCACACGCGCCAAAGCCGAACGUAUCACCAGGUUUGCGUUCGACUUUGCUUUGAAGAACGACAGGAAGAAAGUUACAUGUGUUCACAAGGCUAACAUCAUGAAGCUCGGAGAUGGUUUAUUCCUGAACACUUUCCGGCGAGUCGCUGAGGAAUACAGGUCAUCCGGUAUCGAAUUCAAUGACAUGAUUGUCGACAACACUUCGAUGCAACUCGUCGCUAAGCCUGGUCAGUUCGACGUCAUGGUCAUGCCAAACCUGUACGGUGCCAUUGUCUCCAACAUAGGCGCUGCCCUUGUCGGCGGCCCCGGUAUCGUCCCAGGUUGUAAUGUUGGACGAGAAUACGCUUUGUUCGAGCCGGGCUGCAGACACGUCGCCAACGAUAUCAUGGGUACCAACCGUGCAAACCCAGCUGCUAUGAUCCUCAGCGCAACUAUGAUGUUGCGACAUCUCGGCCUCGAUUCCAUUGCAAACAGCAUUGCCACCGCGACGUUUGAUGUAAUUAAUUCUGGCAAAGUACGCACUGCUGAUAUGGCUGGGUCUGCAACUACUUCCGACUUCACCGCAGCAGUCAUCAAGAGCCUCUAA